AUGUGUUAGGAAGCUAUUUUAACAUGGUUUAAAAAGAUUUUAAAUGUUGACUGUGGUAAUCUCUACAUAGACUUAAUCGAUGGAAUCAUGGUUGAAAAGCUUCUAAACCUAUUCAAUCAUAACCAUUUUCCAAUCAAAGUAGAAUAAUGUACAGAUUCUUAAUUUGUUUUCAAUUAUGCAAGGAUCAAAUCAAUUAUCGAGAAUAUGUCAAACUUUGAUUCUACUCUUUAGGUGAUUACUCCUUUAAAGAUAGUAGAAGGAAAUGAUGAAAAUGAGUUAAAUAAAUUUAUUUAUAACAUCAUCAAGGUAUUUACUUUUCAUAUAUAAAGUUUAGAUUAUCUAUGAUUGGAACAAGGCCAAAGAAGCUCUGAACCACUUGAGGAAUGAUUAAAUUUAAUACAUUUUAGAUUUCUUUAGCAAAGAAGAUUUCAAUUAUUAAUAACAAUUAUUGUACAAGUAAUUGAUUGAGUAUGAGACAAUUAAUAAUAAAUAAGAAAUUUAGAUCAAAUAACUUGAAUAAAAAAUUUUAAUUUUAGAAGAAAAUAUUCUAAAAUUAUAAAAUCUCUAAUAAAGCUUGAAUGAAGAAAACAAUUCAUUGAAGGAAUGUUAGUAUUUUAUUAUUAUUCUUUUAGAAAUUGAAAAGCUUAGAAUUAAUGAAUUAGGUUAUGAUUGUAAUUUCACAAUAAAUUAUUUAAAAUAAGAAUGUUUAAAUUUGUAAAUGAUUAUCACUAAUUUAGAAAAAAGAAAUGAAUUGUAUGAUAUAUUAAUAUAUAUAUCUAGGCAAUAAUAAUAGAUUUAAAUUUUAAUUCAGUUUGAAUAAAAAUCUAAGGAUUUAGAAUAAGAAUUGUAAUACUAAUAAAAUAAAAAAAUUGUCAUUGAUGAAUUGUAGGAAAAGAAUUAGAUUUUAAAAGAUCAAGUUAAAGUAUAUGAUAACUAUUCAAAGAUUCAAAAAGAAAAUAUAAAUACAUCAAAUUAAAAUACUACAAACCAUACCUUAUGCGAACAAGAAAUAUUUAAAUUAAAAAAUACAAUUACACAAUUAGAAUAAUAAAUCAAGAAUUAAUUUUAAAUGAAAUAAUACACUUAAGAGACUCCAAAGAUUCCAAAACCAAAAGUAAAUAGUUUAUCAGAAUAAAAAUAAAAAAAAUAAUGUUGUUUUGAUGAUAAACUUUAGAAAUAGAAUGAUAUGUUAAGACAGAUUAUUUCCAAAUUUGAAAUAUAAUAAUAAUCUACUUAGCCUUUUAUGAAUAAAUGUUAAAGAGGAAAAUCAUUAAAUAAUUGA